GCGCCAGUCCGGUGGGUCGGCGUUCGCACGAGCCUUCCGACCAAUAGCGAGGCGAGUUCCGGUCGUUUCUUUUUCGUUUCAGCACGUGAUCGGAGCCGGUCCAGGGGGGAUGUGACCCGAAAAGAAUAGAGCGCGAGAACCCGUCGGGGGAAGAAGGAACACAAGAGACUUUUGUGCACGAACACUACUCUGGUGUUGCUCAACUUGGCUGUUGCGAAAUCUCUCUCUCUCGUGGCCCCUCUCGAGCAGCAGCAGCAGCAGCACAGGACAACCGCCUAUAUAGCUCGUGCUCCCGACCGACGGCCGAUGAUCCACGUCCGUUGCCGUGCGCGUACCGUUACAGGAGAUUAACGUAUCUGUAUUUAUUCGUAUUUUGUCACCUGUACCAGGCGACCAUUACUCGUCCGGAGUACAACCACUGCCUCGGCAGCCUCGACCGCGCGUUCAUCAAUCUAUGCGGGGUCCGUCACACGAUAUUAUUACAGCGGUAUAAAAUAAAACGUUACACCACCACGUAUCGGCCAAUCGUUAUUGCUCUGGAAAAUCAUAAUAAUUAUACAAACGCGCCGACGGGGGCGUACGUUUAUAGUGGUAGUACUGCAUAAUAUAGGAGUUGUUGUACAUAUUAUUAUACACCGUCGGUAAUGUAGCCCACGCGUCGUCCGUUUUAGGAGGACGCAUGCGACCCACGUCCCCACAGUCUCCCACUUGCCACCCACUUGCCACCCACGUGUUAAUAAAAAAAAAAUAACGCGCCAAUAUCGCUCGUCGCCCCUCCGCAAGCGUUAAUCUCAAGGAGAAACGGGCGAAACGCUUAUCGUAAAAGUACAAGUUCGACUGUACUCCGCGCGUAAUAGUUUUCAGCAACAGAACAACAACAACAACCACGCCAACAUCAAAUCUUCUUAUCGGGCGCACGUGCAACGAAGUUCGGACGCGUCGUAAACUCGGUCAAGUCCCUUUUGGUCGUACGCAAUACUAUAACCACCCGCCGCGGUGUAGUUCUGCUCUGCGGUUAUUUUUCUUUUUUUUUUUGCCGCUAAAAUCCGCGCUUUUAUUAUGGUUUUCUAAAGGUCCUAGAGAGACAUAAUAAAUUAUUGUUAUACUCUCAAACUUUAGUAGACACACACACACGGUCGUCCCCGUGCGGUUUAUACUUGCCCGAGCACUCUAAUACAAUUACAUUGCCGUCGAGUGUGUAUAUUACACUCGCACACACGUACACCCACGUUGGGGUAGGUGGCACGCGUCGGCACUAGCAUGUACAUAAUACUUAAUAUAUAUAUAUAUACAUAAACGCGCGUUCGUUCGAAGCGCACUUGACCUGUUGAGCGCAAUGCGCGCUCUCGACGACCCCUCGAAGACGGGCGGCCUCGCGCGCCACCCAGCAACAGGUAGUAGACGCCGUGUUACGACGAGCGUAACGUAACGUACAGCGUCCCGCUCGCGUAGUAGUGUACGCUGGCCGUAUCGGUUUAUCGAUUACCCGACCGGCACGUGACACCACACGCCAAAGUCAAGGACACGCACUACGCUAUCCUCGCGCGCCGCUCGGCCGUUUACCUACCCCUGUCCCACGCACCCUCGCACAACAAAGAUGGUCGGGGCGGGCGCACUCGUCGGCGUCGCGGCCGUGGCGGGUUCUCAGUGAAUUUCCGGCGUCCGACAGUGACCGACCGCGGCCGCAGCAUCCGAUCAUUUGUUGAUCACUGUGUGACUCUGUGUCUUGUCCGACAUAUUGGCUUGAAAUUUAACGAUCCAAUUUGCGGUGAAUGAACGUUGUUCCAAUUAGCUGCACGAAUGACUAUGGCUGAGGUGGAAAUGGAGCCGCCGACAGACAGGGCGAGCCGGUCGACGACGAUGGUAACCAAUGCGCCGUCGUCGAUGUACAAGACCAACAACAACCAUCCGUUGGCGACCAACAACAAUAACAACAACAACAACAACAAUACCCGCCCCGUGGUGGUGAAACACAAAAAAAGAAAACGGCUGAACCAAGUGUUGGACCGGUUGACGGUGCAGGCGACGUCUCCGACCAACAACAACAACAACAGCAUCAACAACAACAAAGAAGAUCUGAUCAAAAGAGAAUACGACAGCGACGAAUCGCUGCGGCGGGCCAAAGAGUACGAGGAACCGUUCAGUCCGGGCUCGUCGUCUAACCGAUCGCCCCGAAGCUCCAACACCGACUCUCCUUUCAGUCCGAACAGGACGAAAGACGUCGACGAAACGCCCGUGCCCGCGGUGCUGCCCGUACCCUUCCUCCCGCCGCCUCCGUUGCACCACUACCUAAAGUACCCAAAAUGCAACUGCCUGUACUGCAGCAACCCCUCACCGACGGGAGACGCCGGUCAGACCGUGCCUCCCGUCACGCCGAUGUCGCCGGCGUCCCUACUUGCCGGGUCUAUGUACACUUUCGAGCACUAUCUGCACACCAAGUACCUGCCCGACAUAUUCCGUCGGCGGAGCCAUUCCGAUUCCGAUGUUCCUAUGUGGUUCGAAGCGACCAAAGCUGAACAGUGCGCCGAACACGAGACGACGUCGACGUCGACCGCCAACGCUACCACCACCCCGGCCGCCUCGACGACGGCCACCGGCAAGACGGGCGGCAAGCGACCGUUUUCGGUGCCGCACCCGCUCGACAAUCCGCGGAAGAAAACCACCAGAUCGCCGCCUGCGCUUCCACCCCAGGAUUCGCCGCUUGACCUGUCCAUGAAAAACCUAAGUCCUCCACCGCCGCCCAUUGUUCCUGAACCCGUCGUAUCCGUGGGUUACUACCGCCCCGGCAGCACCGGUUAUUCGGUGCCCGUUGUCAAGGGCGACGUGGCGUCUUGCACCACCAAGGCGUCGGUGGCCGUCCGGUACAACCUGGAGGUGUCGCCCGUCGUCGAGGAGAUGCCCGUCGGCUCGGACGUGGCGUACGUGUGUCCGGUGUGCGGUCAGAUGUUCAGCUUGCAUGACAGGCUGGCCAAACACAUGGCGUCCCGGCACAAAGAUAAGACAGCGGCGGCGGCCGCCGCUGCCGAAAACGGCGGUGACGGGUCUGCCGGCACCACCAAAGCGUACCCGUGUGAGGUGUGCAACCGGUCGUUCGCGCGCAGCGACAUGCUCACCAGGCACAUGCGGCUGCACACGGGCGUCAAACCGUACACUUGCAGGGUGUGCGGCCAAGUGUUCUCGCGGUCCGAUCACCUAAGCACCCACCAGCGAACGCACACUGGCGAGAAACCCUACAAGUGUCCACAGUGUCCGUACGCCGCUUGCCGCCGCGAUAUGAUCACCCGACACAUGCGCACACACUCACGGUACGAGAUGGUGUCGUCUUCGGACACCGCCGCCGGUGGUUUCUCACUUGGCGACUCGCCCGUCCCGUCGCCGUUGUCCUACACCAAACCCUUGUCGCCCACCGACAAGUAUUCUCCGCCACUGGAAGUGCUGUGCAAGUCUGAACCACACGAAUAACCGUCGUGUCUCAAAGCAGCUUCUCAACCAAAGAUUGUAUAAUUUAUUUAUUUUUCGCUACAUAUAAAUCAUAUUUAAGUAUGUAUAACACGAUAUAUAUUUAUAUAUAUAAUAAUAAUAAUAAUGUUUUUAUAAAAAAAAAAGAAUUAAAUAAUGUCUCAGAUGAAAAUGAGCUGCGAGCUCGACGACAAUCUCUCUCUAAUUUUCUAUCUCAAAUCUCUUUAUAUUAACCGAUUUUAAAUUAAACAGGGUGUGUGAUAAACAAUGUGCCAUCCUAUCUCUACAUGACGAUGUUAUGUAAUAUUGUAAUAUUUUUUCUAUUAUAUAUAAAUACCGCGUUGGUUUUCUUUUAAAAACAACACUAUUUUACGGUUUCUAAUAUUAUGCAUGGCGUUAUUUUUUUAUUAUCAAAGAUAUAUAUAUCUAUUAUAAAAUCGAUAUAAUUAUAAUACA